CAUCAAUAUGACAGGUUCUGGUUCUCCUUGUGGAGCUUGCAAGUUCUUGAGAAGAAAAUGUAUUAGAGGUUGCAUUUUUGCACCUUAUUUCUGCCAUGAACAGGGUGCCACUCAUUUCGCCGCGAUCCACAAGGUUUUUGGGGCAAGCAACGUGUCGAAAUUGCUUGCUCAACUUCCGGUGAGCGAUCGAUGCAGAGCUGCACUCACAAUUUCAUAUGAAGCUCAAGCCAGGGUUCAAGACCCUAUUUAUGGCUGUGUUUCCCAUAUUUUUGCUCUCCAGCAGCAGGUUAUUAGUUUACAAGCACAACUAGCUUCUGUCAAGGAACAAGCAGCUAAAGGCUUUUCCAAUGCGAACCCAAUUGAGAAGUACAAUAUGAAUGUGCAGAGUUGGCCUCAGUCGGAAAGUUCAAACAUAUUGAUGCCACAAAGUAUGAACCUCAACAACAUUAAUGAUUCAAUGCUGCCAUUUUACUCCGAAAACAAGAAUUCGAAUUCUUUUGAGGGUGACCGAAAUUUCAUGAUUCCGGAAGUACUAAAUGACAUGUACGGCAGCUAUGGAGAUGGAGAGGCUUCUAAUUCAAUGUCCUCACUAGACAUGCAGAUGAGCAAUAUGCAAUGGGGUUUCGAUCAAGAUCAGGAUUGAAAGAGGGAUUUUGCCAGUUUUGAAUUUAAUUGCUCAUGCUAACUAGGAACCCUAGGAGUGUUUAUAAACUACACUCACAAAUAAUGUCAAAGGCCACCCGCAGUAGGGUUUUUAUUUCUUCUUAUUUUUUCACACCAGAAAUGUGAUAGCCAGUAAUAUAUAUGUAAGCCUCAAGAGAUGUCUUCAGAUGUUUUCGGGGCGCUAAUGAAGAAGAAGGCAUUUUUC